UCUUUUUGUGUUCGACUUCCAAGCGGAUGUGCCUUGCUCUCUUCUCAACUGGCUCCUUGGCCAUUAAACUUGUUUGAUUUUUUUUUGUUUUCCCAAGUGCUUUUGGGCUCGUGCCCUCGUGUUUUUUCGGGUUUUAAAGUGCUGAAUCGGAUGAAAAGGGUGCAUCAAAGCAAUGAAGCCGCUGCAGAAUGUUGAGGUUCCCAGCUUUACGGUCGAGUCCCACGGAUCCACCUUCACUUACGCCAGUCCAAAAUCCGGAGAAGCAUCCAUGGACUUUUUAGCGGGCACUAUCGGGGGAAAAGACCCGAGCAAAAGCAGAAUUAUUUUGAUAUGUCAGCAAAAUUCAGAAAGCGAGCGUCUGAAAUCGGAGCUUGCCAUUCGCAAUGUAAACACAAUUAGACUUUCAGCGGAUGACCCAAUGGUCCACCAAGUGCUGCUCCUCUGGUCCAAGGGCUACAUUCAACAAGCUCUGAUCCUUUGCGAUGGUAUGCUGAAGUUUCUUGAGGGGAUCGAGGUGCAUUAUGUGAUCCAUGCUACACUGCCGCCCUUGAAAAAGUUCGAGGAACGUUUGGCGAUGCUGAGCAAGUCGGAAAUUAAGGCCGAAAUGCUGGUUAUUACUGGCCACAAUGAGAUAAACAAUACAAAUUCAGGCAACGAUAUAAACAAACUUGACCCGGAAAACGCCAUAAAUGUGGUGGUUAAUCAAUCAAAUGAAAUGAUUACGAAACUAGAGAACAAAGCAAUGACAUCCCACAAUAUGUUUUUCGAAGAUAUAAAGCCAUUGGUCAGUGCAGAGCCUACACACUUAAGGCUACUCCAUUUAAAGAAAAGGGUGUCCUCCACGGAUUCUAAAGGCUGCCAAACACCAGUUAAAGUUUCAGAUCUUCAAAAAACCGAAAGAGUAAGCAAACCCUCUUUUGGCAUCGCAGACAUUAGAGGCGCUUUGAAAGAUCUUCAAAAGUUGGUGGCCGUUGAGACAAUCCCAACACCUCUGGAUAGUGUCGAGCUUGAAGACAAGGAGCAGCAAUCUUUAGAGCAGGUCCUUGACCGGAGUUCCAUUGGAUCUGUGAAUUCGGGCAGCUCCACCAAAUCUGAAUCAUCUUCAGCAAUUGAACACAGUAUGACGGAUACGGAUCCCGAUGGAAUCGGCUCUGGGGAAGAUCCCCCUCUGGCGAGGGCGUCCUCUCCGGCCGCUGGAGUCCGGCAUCACUUCGGCGUGCUGGCCUGCAGUCGCCACCUGCUGUGCCCCUGCUACUCGAUGACCGGAGUGCCGGACAUCAGCAUGGCCGUCUGCCAGGCCAUGCAUAAGCUGGGCUUGCUGGACGAGCGGGCCCGCGGCAUCCAGCGAUUCGCCUGGCCACAUGUCGCCUCGGGCAAAUCCCUGAUGGUCGUGGGCAACACACAGACGGGCAAGACGUGGUGCUACCUGCCCACCCUGUGCCAGCGCAGCCAUGGGGAUCUGCAGCGCCGGCCGGCGGAUGACCAUGGCUUCGGACCCACCAGCAUCGUUGUGUGUGCCAGUGCCUCGCAGGGCAGUAAGAUCGAGCACUGGGUGCGGCAGCUCCUCGGCUCGCUGGACACUGAGGUGGAUGUGGAGCCAGUGGAGCCAGUGGAGGCAGUGGUCUCGCUCUGGGAGAAGGGCAAUGUGGCGGAGAUCGCCUGCCGGCUGUGCCAGCCCGUGGGCAUUCUGCUGACCAGCGCGGAUCUGCUGCUCCAACUGAUGACGCAGCACCACUCGAAGAGGUCGCCCAUCUUCGAUGCCCGAGCGCUGAAGUACAUAGCCAUGGAUAACCUGCACGACAUGGUGCGUCUGCUGCCGGUCGUCACGAUGAAGCUGCUCAAGCGGCUGCCCCAACUCUUCGACUUUGGCCAGGGCAAGUGCCAGCUCGUGGUCUCCGGACGCAACUGGCACGGUGGCCAGGUGAUGGACCGCCUCCUGUCGCUGAUGCCCGAUGUGCUGAUACUCUUCGAGGAUCCCCUGGAGGCCAGCGUCUCCAGGGGCCUUCGGCUGGACACGCAGCUGGUGCAGGCGUCACAGAAGUGUGCCCACUUGGUGGGCCUGAUCCGGGGCAGGAAUCUCGCCGAGCAGCGUGUCAUUGUGGUCUGCAUGGGCAAGGCUGAAGUCUUGGAGCUGCAGCACAAGCUGGGGCAGUUGAAUGUGGAAGCUUUGACCUGUUGCCUCGCGGAGGAGGGCCUUUCCCAGGUGGCCAGGUGGCGCGCGGCGUCCAGGGCCUCGCUGCUCCUGGUCACGGACGAUGUGGUGCCGAAGCUCAAGUGCGGCCCCAUCGAUCUGCUCGUCCACUACAGCUGGGCCAGCAGUUGGAUGCGUUUCAAGCACCGCUUCACUCUGUUCUACGAGAACUACAAGACCACACAGUCCGCCCAGCUGGGCCACCGGUCCGUGGUCCUCGUCCAGGAGACAGGAGAAGUGGACAGCAUCUGGCUGCUGGCCGACUUCAUGCUGAAGCACCUGCUGCCGCGGCCAAGCCACCUGCUGGACAUCCUGGCCCAUCGCCGCCUCACCGACCAGCCCAAUGGGCAGGCGCCCAAGCUGUGCCGCCAGCUGACCGCUUUCGGGGAUUGCCUGCGGCAUCACUGCUCGUACCGCCACGUGCUGGGGCCGCAGGAGCUCCUGCCACCGGAUCACUAUCCCAGCGAGGGCAAGAUUCGCUUCACGGUCACGGCUUGCAACAGCCCCGCCAAUUUUGCAGUUCGUCUGAGCGACCGAUUCCCCACGACGACCUACUUCCUCGGCUUUCCCAUGUCCCAGCUGAGCGAGCAAGUGCAGCGCCACUACGAGGCGGAUGCAAACCGGGUCAGACAUCCAUAUCCGAUGCCCGGGGAGAAGGCCGUGGUCAGGAAUCUCAACCGAUACGAACGGGUGGUCAUUUUGGACGUGGAGAAGGAGAAGGAGAAGAACGACAAGGUCGUGGCCCGCCUGCUGGACUCGUCCGUCGAGAUUCUCACCUUCAAAGCCAGCCAGUUGUACAUCUGCGAGGAAACAUUCAAGGAUCAACCCGGGGAGGCGAUGGAAGUACGGAUCCUUGGCCUGGAGCCGGGCAACCUGGAACGCAUUUGGGGCGAGGAUGAGCGCCAAGUGGUGCGCAGCCAGUUCUUCAGUCGGACGCCGAAUAAGCGCGGUCGCCUGUUCACCGCCCAUGUGCAGUUCGCCAUCCACGAGACCAUCUUCGUUGACAACGUCUACGACAAUGAGGGCAACGACCUGCUCGGCUUCAUUGGGGGUCGCUUCAACUUUUACCACGAAAAUCGUUGCCUGGGCAAGCUAAAAAGGAUAGUACAGGCCACCAGAUCAUGCCUGAAUAGCAACUGAUUUUGAUUUGAUUUUGGAACUUACUUAACUUUUAGCAAACAUUUCUGUACCAUUGACAAUUGUCAUUGCUUUUCUCACAUAAUGGAUUUUGUUUUGUUUUUGCUUUUAAAGUUUAUACAAUUAUCUCACCAAUCGUGAACGUUGCUCAAAUUGUUUAGACAAUGUUUGGGUAUUUCCAUAUUUUUCACAUAUUUAGUUUAAGAUUUGUAUGCCAAUAUUUCAUUGUGCAAAUGUAUUUUAUUUUAUUAUUCCUGCAUUUUCAAAAUAUUUAGUUGUGAAGCAAUUAUUCCAAUUUUUAUUAGGAGA